ACUCUGUUAUCGUUUUGUCCAAUGCAAGUGGCAGCUGCUGAAAUUCAAAUUUGUGUUGUUUCGUUUACUUUUUAUUUAUUGCGCAAAAAUAAAGCACUUUAAUACUUGCACAACCCAGCAUCCCAGCGAGGCCCUGCUUAACCAGAACAAAGUGUGCCACGCUGUUAAGCAGCAGCUCCGCAACAGUUGUCCCUGGAAUCAUAUGUUUAUCGAAACAAACAAAAAAAUUAUACAAAUUUUGCUUUUUGUAGCUUCGAAAUGUGCGAGUUUGAAACCAAAAACGAUAAAUGUGGCUUUGACAAGCAAUUUGCAAUAGACAUAAAUGGCAUAAGCACGGAGUUUGUGUUCCACAACUUUCAGAACAAAUGGGUGCUGCUCGUUACACAGCUGGGCAAAAUACCGGCGCUCUUCAAUGUGACGUUCGACGUAAAGCACGAGCAUCGGGUGCUGCCCUAUUUGCACGGCCCCGUGGACGAUCCACAGUUCCAUGUGUCGGUGCCGGUGACAAUUAACUGCUGCAUGGGCAUCGACUCGGAUGAGAUACGCGGCGGCAUCCAGUUCCUGAUCAACAAGACGGCGCUCAACAAGUGCCCCACCGAGCUGCUUAUUGGGCUGGGCCUGAAGCAGCUGGACACGGCCGGACUGAGAGCCAUAGCGCAAGUGUUGAAAAAGGGCAUAUUUUGAGCGUAUGCAAAACCCAAUAAAAUACAGAAAAAUAUUGCAA